GCUUCAUUCGUGACAAGGAUAUCAAACAAGAUGACAGAUGCACAAAGAAAAUACCCAGUAAUUGCUGCCCGAGAAAGAGGGCCUGGACCAGGUAGAUACAGCUUACCCCCUACAAUUGGAAUUGUGGGUCAUGACCUCACCAAGAUUGCUGGACCAGCUUACACCUUUCAUGGGCACGCAAGCAAUUCAAUGUACUUUGUGGACUCAAGUCCAGGGCCACAAUACUACAUUGAUGCAAAGAUGACCCGCUUUGGGAGAGAUGGCACGCCAGCUUUCACCAUGUUAGGAAGAAGAAAAGACUCAAGUAUAUUGAAGACCCCUGGACCUGGAGAUUAUAGCCCAGAAGUUGCACCACCAUUGAACAGACAAAGGCAACCUCCAUCUUACACGAUGGGAUCCCGUACCAGGUAUCGCACUGUGGAUUCAGUACCAGCACCAAACAAGUAUAGUCUGCCUAGCUUGCUAGGGUCCAGAGUGCCCAUUAAGCCUUCCAGUGCCAGCUAUACUCUUUCCGGACGUACUAAGGUGGGUAGCCCAUCUGAAGACCUUUCAGGGACUCCAGGACCCGGGAGAUACAAUAGUACAGACCCAAGCAUCUACCUACCAAGAAAGCCAGCAUAUUCAAUGCUUGGACGUUACAAUCUACCAACAGACUCCACCAGAAAACCUGGACCAGGCACACAUAGCCCAGAAAAAGUGACUGCACACAAACCUAAGCCCCCUGCUUAUUCACUAGGCAUUCGACAUUCUGAAUAUGUAACCCCACUCAUCACAGAUGUUUCAGAAUAA